AAUCCAAUCACCCGCGACAAUCCCUCCAAACAAAGGCACCCUCACAGUCUUGGCAUUACAGAGAAGAAGAGGUGGAGAAGAUAGAGCAUAUAAGAGCAUAAGCGCGAAAGGCAUAAACAUGCACGUAGCAGGGACAGGUGAAGGACCAGCAGUCCUUUUUCUUCACGGCUUCCCUGAGCUAUGGUACUCAUGGCGCCACCAGAUGCUCUCUCUCUCCUCCUCCAGUUAACGAGCAAUCGCCCCCGAUCUCCGUGGCUACGGCGACACCGAUACUCCUCCUUCCGCCACCAGCUACACCGUCCUUCACAUCAUCGGCGAUCUCGUCUCCCUCCUCGACGCCUUGGAUCUCCACCAGAUCUUCCUCGUCGGUCACGAUUGGGGCGCCAUUAUCGCCUAGGCCUUCUGCUUGCACCGCCCUGACCGAACCAAAGCUCUUGUCAACAUAAGCGUUCCUUUUCAACCCAGGCAUCCUUCCUUUAAACCUCUCCAAUCUCUCCGAGCUCUGUUUGGCGACGAUUACUAUAUGUGCAGAUUUCAGGAACCUGGAGAGGUGGAGGAGAAAUUUGCUAGCUGUGAUACUGGGAAGAUAAUAAGUGCAUUUCUUUCAUCACGGGAUACUCGUCCCCCUGUUUUGCCUAAAGAGUUGGAUUUCAAGGCCAUUUUUCAAAAUAUAUAAAUGGCGGGUUGAAGAAGGAGGUGCCGAAUCUGGAAGAGGUGGUGGUGAUGGAAGGAGUGGCUCACUUUCUUAAUCAAGAAAAGCCAGAGCAAAUUAGCGUUCACAUUGUUGACUUCAUCUGCAAAUUUUAAAUAUGAAGAGAGUGUAGUGUGCACCCCACCUACCAUGUUAAAUUUCAUGUACUUGUUUGAAUAAUUCGUGAACGACU